CGGCCGAGUGCCGGGUGAUGCACUCAGUGUCGAGAGCCAAGCGCUGCGCACCAUGAACGGCUUCCUCGAUGGCGUGCAGUCGCACCCCCAGCAUCUCGCGAGCCUCGGCAUCAAGCUGUCACCGGGGGGGCAGCCGACGGGGCCCGACGGGCCCCUCGGAAGCGGCGAGGCUGGCGGGCCACUACAGCCCGCGCCCGGCGAGGCGCCCGUACAGCAACACCACACGCACUUCCAUCCCCAAGUGUAUCCGCAUCAUCCGCACCAUCCGGGACCCCACAUGGGUCACCACAUGGGCCACCACCCGAGUUACGCCGCACGCGAUUUUCUCCUGCGCCGGGAGCACGAGUUCGGCUCCGCAGCGAGCCCCGCCACCCCCGAGGCCGGCCUCGGGCUCUUCACGCCCUUGCACCACGAGGCCGCGCCCGCCGGCGGCAUGCAGCACUUUGGCCAGCAUCCGGGACAGCACCCCCUAGCCGGGGCCGCCAGCCAUUACGCCGGCCACUACGGUCAAGACGGCCGUCUGGGCCCGCCACCCGGUCCCCACCACCAGUACCUCGGGGCUGCCCACCUACCGGCCUCUAUCCACCAGCAGCAGCAGCAACACCCGGCCGUCAGCCACCCGGGCGCUGGCCACCCCCACGGCGCCUUUCUGAGGUACACGAGGACCGGGCCCGGGCCCGGUGGCCCCGGUACCAUCCUCGGCCCCGAGCAGCGCCAAAAGAUGUCGUGCCUCUGGCUGGACCAGGAGCCUCUGCCGGGGGGCGCGCGCAAGCUCUGCGGCAAGCUCUUCGAAAGCCUCCACGACAUCGUGGCGCACCUGACGGUCGAGCACGUGGGCGGCCCCGAGUUCACGACCCACGCCUGUUUCUGGCAGGGCUGCUCGAGGAAGGGUCGCGCCUUCAAGGCCAAGUACAAGCUCGUCAAUCACAUACGCGUGCACACCGGGGAGAAGCCCUUUCCCUGCCCCUACUCCGGAUGCGGCAAGGUCUUCGCCAGGUCGGAGAACCUCAAGAUCCACAAGAGGACGCAUACGGGUGAAAAGCCGUUCAAGUGCGAGUUCCCGACGUGCGACAGGCGGUUCGCCAACAGCAGCGAUCGCAAGAAGCACAGCCACGUCCACACGUCCGACAAGCCGUACAACUGUCGGGUAUCCGGCUGCGACAAGUCCUACACCCACCCGAGCUCACUGCGCAAACACAUGAAGGUCCACGGUGUAACGCUGAGCGACGGCAAGCUCGGCGGCGGCUACGAGAGCGAGGGCGAAGAGAGCAGCAGCAGCGGCGGCAGCCUCUCGGUGACCGGGCACACGGAAUCGCCCCAACCCUCGCAGCCCGUGGCGACUUCGACGGCCGCGAGCUCGGUCGCGAGCGGCCCGCCCCCGGCUAACAACGCCGUCAACGGCGGCCUCGUCCAGCUCCAGCACGCCUCGAGCCUCGGCCCGACGAGCCACCACCACCUCGGCGACUGGUACGUCUGCCAACCGACGGCAAUGGCGCCCCAGCACAGCCCCCUACCCCACCACGGGCCGCCACCAACUCAUCAUCUCGGCCACCACUUCAACCCGCUCAUGCACCACCAGGCCACGGCAUACUGAAUCCGCGGAGUCUAGGAUCAACUAACUCGCUUCACUCGUCACUGCCAAAGCCGCACGUACGAUCUCCGGAGGAUGGGAACCGCGCAGCCCCGCAA